AACACCCCCACAGACUCAUGAUCCUAUGGCAGUACUUUGUCAAGAUUGUGCUGUAAUGAGAUUGACCACCCGCUCUGAUUAUUGACACUUACUCUCAUUGCCACGACAGUAUUAUCUCCGGGUUUUCAUUGUGCACAGGAAUUCUCGAACGCGUUAUUGCGACGCGCCCCCUUUAUCAAAUCCCUUUGUCCAUUUUAUCUCCAACCCAGAACAAUCAAUCAAUCAAUCAAUGAUGAUUUCAAGCUACGCAAAUCCCAGGUAUUCACUGAAUAUGAAACGAUCUACAUUGCUGCCUGCGCGGUGACUACGAAUCAGCAUGUGGCGCUUGACCUACCUGGGCCUGUUUGUCGUUCGUGCCUACCUGGCCCUUUGCCCAAGCUAUCUCCAUCCGGAUGAAAUCUUUCAAGGUCCAGAGCCUUUCGCAGGCCACAUCUUUCCCUACCCUAGCCACCCAACAUGGGAGUGGACCACCUCCCGUCCGAUUCGCAGUGUCUUCCCACUGUGGCCAUUUUAUGGUCUGCCCAUGACACUACUCAAAUGGCUGUGGGCCGAGGAAGAAGAUGGUUUGGUCGACCCGGCUGUCAUAUACUAUACUCUGAGGCUUGUCAUGUUCGUGCUUAGCUUUGUGCUUGAAGACUGGGCCAUCCAUGAAUUGGUCCGGUCUCCUAGUCAUAGGCGAAGCGCAUUGCUGCUGGUCACAUCCUCAUAUGUGACUUGGACAUUCCAGACACACACGUUCUCGAACUCUGUCGAAACCCUCCUCGUCCUCUGGAGCCUCAUCUUGAUUGAGCGCAUCGUGAGUGAAGAUAAGCGUUCAGCCAUUGCUGCGAGCGUCGUGCUUGGCUUCCUGAUCGUUUUUGGCACCUUCAAUCGAGUCACCUUUCCAGCCUUCAUUGUGAUACCCGGCAUUCAACUAUUGCCACACUUCUUGAAUAGACCCUUCUGCCUUCUCGCACUCGUCGCCUCGGGCUUGUUCUGGACAUUAAGCGCCAUCAUCGUGGACACAGCAUACCAUUCGAGUCCCGCCUCCACGCGGUCAUUUUUCGCAUUGUAUGAACAUCUGAUUAGCAAGCCUGUCAUUACACCCAUCAACAACUUGCUCUACAACAGCAAAACCGGAAAUCUCGCCCAGCAUGGGCUACAUCCCCACUACCAACAUAUCCUGGUCAAUCUUCCCCAGUUGCUUGGGCCCGCGCUGGUGGUUCUGAUUGUCUCAGCCUACCCAUUUAAUGCCCGGGUCCUAAAAACCAUGUUAGGCAACCCUCGACUAGCAUCAGCAUUUACUGGUACCGUCUUGCUCAGUCUGAUCCCUCACCAAGAGCCUCGAUUUCUCCUCCCAACGAUCCCACUAUUACUCACCAGCAUCCGGCUUCCGACAAGUCGCUUUUGGAACCGAGCGUUUUGGAUCAGUUGGGCGCUAUUCAACGGCAUCCUGGCGGUCCUGAUGGGCAUUUACCAUCAGGGCGGAGUCAUUCCGACGCAACUGGCCGUGCCAUGGCUGGUGGUGCACUCGACCGAGGCGACCAAUUCCACCGCACACAACGUCGAAGUCUUCUGGUGGAAGACAUACCCACCACCGAAUUUCCUGCUUGGGCCGACGCCGCCACACCCGAUGACGAGGCAGCCGCUCAACAUCUCGAGCGUGCCACUGAUGGGGUUCCCACAGAAGGAGUUGGUCUUCAUGCUGAUGCAGCACAUGCCGAGCUGCGACCCUCUGCUGAGCGAUCGUAUGAGCAUGCACCAGGUAGAGACCGACAUCUAUGUGGUUGCGCCGCUGUCGGCCUGGCGCCUCGAGGAUCCGUAUCCCCCCGUCGACGACUUCAGCUUCUACAUGGAAUUCAACCUGCCGCCCGCGGCACUGACCCUUACCAACCUCGCCACCUACAGACAGCACCUUAAUUUGGACGACAUGGACUUUGGAGGUGACGGCGUGUGGAACACCUUAUCUCGCGUCGUGGGUCGGAGGGGAUUGGGCGUCUGGAGAGUCGAAAGUCUAUGUCCAGAUAUGGGGCCCCAUGACGGCCGAGAGGAAGACGGGACCAAUGCAACCUCUAUCUUGAGCAUCUAGGUUCUUCACGAGGGAGUCGAAGAAAGACGACCGAUCAAAUUAUCAGCUCUAGUCUUGGGUCUCCCGAUAUCCAGAUGUUAUCCACGAUGACUUUCGCCAGCCGUUGACACCGAGUCCCAGUUCUAAGGUGGCAGCUCAUGUCACUCAUUCCUGUCAAUUUGGGCUACACCAUCGUCCUACGACUGGUGCUGACUUGAUUAUGCACUUGGCAGCAGUCUAGCAUCGGGUGGACUACAGUAAAUUGGGACUUUGGAAAACACGAACAGCUUCGAUUUGAUCUGAAUGGGAAAGAAUAUGACACCAGUGUCUUAUCGACCUUAGCCCCAAGCCUGACGCAUAUCCUCCAUCAGAUGAUUCGCAGACUGCCGUUGGAAAACCCGGCGGCCUGGUAAAUAGCGACUGCUUUAAUGUGCAC